GCGGUGUUAGCGGCUUAGUUUAUUGUGGCUGUUUGUACAGUUCAAAAUAUGUCGAUAAACUAAUGUACAUACGAUAGACAUUGUCAAACGCUUCGGUUGGAUGAAUUAAUUGAUGUCUUCAUUUUCCAUAGAGCAUUUUACCCUUUCUGCUCGGGGGAUAUCAUAAACUGCAGAGUUAAGCUAACGUUAGCCAAGCUGUCAAGUAGCCAGUCUACACAGCUUUGCAGCACUUUCUUGCUAGCAAUAGAUUUGAACGAGGACAACAAAGAAAACGUUGCAAAUAAUAUGCUAUUUGUGAAUAUACUUUGUCUUAAAGCCGCAUUAUGAAGUGUAUAGCUCUAUUUUAAUAGUAAGCUACCGGUAGUUUGUCCGUUUUGUGAUUAUGUCAGUUAUAUUGAUUGUACUGUAACGUUAGCUAACUCACGUCCACUGACUCAAGCGAGCAAGCCAGGUUGCUACUUAUCAAGGAGUAAGAACACUGAAGAGGGGAGAAUCCGAGAUCGUGUUAUCCAAUCAAACAUGGAUAAGAAAUCAUUCGACAUCGUCUUAGACGAAAUCAGGAAGUGCGUGCUAACAGAUCAGCGGAUCAAGGCGAUAGAGCAGGUGCACGGGUACUUCUCCAGCGAGCAGGUAAUGGACAUGCUGAAGUACUUCUCCUGGGCAGAGCCUCAGAUCAAAGCUGUCAAAGCUCUUCAACAUAAAAUGGUUGCCAUCCCCACGACCAAAGUGGCCAACAUCCUCAACUGUUUCACCUUCUCCAAGGACAGACUGGUGGUUCUGGAACUCAUAGCUCUGAACAUCUCUGAUGCCCAGAACUACCGUCCUGUAGAGGAUCUGUUCCGUAUUCACCUAUCUGAGAAGAAACGAGCCCGCAGGAUCCUAGAGCAGGUGUGUAAGGUCGGCUGCAAGGCGCCAGUAGCCAUGAUCUCUUCCUGUGGGAUGAUCCCAGGGAACCCUUACCCUAAAGGCAAACCCAGCCAGACCACUGGCACCUUCCCUGGAACUGCUGCUAAGAAGGAGGGAGAGGAGACCCCUGCCAACACGGAGGGGAAAGGCAUCGCCGCACGCAUCAUUGGACCGUUCAAACCAGCUCCGUCGUCCUACAACCCUCAGCGGCCAGUGCCGUACCCCAUCCCCCCCUGCAGACCUCACGCCACCAUCGCACCAAGUAGGUACAACAACGCAGGGCUGGUAUCAGUGGGCGGGGUCAUUACGUCCAGCGUUCUACCCCCACCCUACAGCGCCAGCACCAAGUCCACAGGCUACGCCAGACCUGCCAAUCAACAACAGCACCCCGUCACAGGUGUCAACUCCACGGCCCUCCCAUCUCCCCUCGGCUCUGCCCCAGUCCCUCCCCUGCCCUCCCCCUCUCACCCCACCCCCACCACCCCCAUCACCCCUGUGUUCCCUGGCAAGGUCCCCUCCCAGAACCCUCUAGCCCCCUCUCCCUCCCCCGCCCCCUCUCCCUCCGUCAUCAAAGGGGGUCCCCUCCCAUCCGGUUCCCCCCACCUGCCCCCCACCACCCCCUCCGUCAUUAAGGCUCACACCCCGUCAGGUACCCCCUCCGGUACCCCCGGUCCCCACCACCCAGGGGCGUUCUCCUCCUCUCCCUUCCAUGCCGGUGCCUCUCGGUCAGACACCCCGACCCCAAGGACUCCCCUCCCUGACCCCCUCCCUCAGGGUACCCCUGUGGGCCUUCCUCAGUACAGCCCCCAGACAGGCCCUGCCUUCCCUGGCCUGCCCGCAUACCAGACCACCCCGUCUGGGUCAGUGAUCCGCAGCUAUCCCCCGUCCUCCACCUCGGCCCCCAGCCCCAAGCCCUCCCCGGCCCUGUCCGGCCAGGCCCAGGCGUCCUUCUACAGCGAGCAGCACCGCGGCCCAUUGGCUAGAACCGGAGGGGGGACAGGCAGUGGCAGUAACAGCCCAGUCCCCUCUGCCUUUAAAGGCCCUUCCCGUGCGGGUACUCCCUCCCUCAGCUCUCUGGUGAUGCCUGGUGGAUCAGCAGCCCUAGCCCGCUCCCUGGCUCUGUCCCACCCCUCUGCAUCCCCACAGGGCUCCCUCCCCAGCCCUGCUGCUAUGGCCAGCCUCCAGGCCCUCUCCUCAGGCCCGGCUACCCCCCACUACCCCGGCCUCUCCCCCUUCCCCUCCUCCCUGUCCUCCAUGACCCCCACCUCCCACCCCCAGACCUCCAUGGCCUACCCAGGCCUGGCUCACAGCGUAACCCCAAGCGGAGCCUCUCCCUUUGGGAUGGGUCUGACCACCGCCCCUUCUAUCUUCCCGGGGCUGGCUCCAGGGCCCAGUCCGGGGGGGUUUCCAGGGUUUGGGGGUUCAGGGGGACCGGGGGCGGGGAGCCCCGUCCUGUCCUCCUUCAUGGGUGCCGGGGCGUCCGUAGCAACCGUAGCCCCUCUCCAUUCGGCGGCGGCCGUGGCGGCGGCAGCAGGAGGUCCGUCCUCCUCUCCCGUUCUACCAGGCUUCGCCUCUGCUUUCAGCUCCAACUUCCAGCCUGGGCUGUCUAGUGGCCUCCAGCCUCCAGGUGGCGCUGCGUUCCCUGGCCUGUUGUCUUUCCCUGGCAUGCCAGGCUUCUCCCCCUCCCCCAGCCAACUACACAACCCUGCCAUGCAGUCAGCCCUGCUACAGGCCCACUCUGCGUCUGUAUUAGAGGGUUAUACCACCUAUCCCCCUGGACCUGGCAACCCAUUCCCCUUACAACCUGGCAACCUGCACCCCUCCCAGCUGGGUUGGCAGUGACUCUAACACUCGUACGCAAAACACACAAUACCCGAAACACACACACACACACACACACACACACACACUUACACACGCUCUCACACUCAGUCAAAGUCGACUUGGGGUCAACUUGUAUCCCCUCCACUCACUACAACCUGCCAAGACUGUUUACAUCCUUUGUUUGGGCUUUUUUGACUCCGUCAAUGAACUAAAAGAAGAGGAACUGGAGAGACUUCUAGUCAGAAACAUCUGAGGACUGAAUCGUUCGUGAGACAAACUUCACAACAGACAAAUCAUUUAAUUGAAAAGGCGUUAUUGAAAGCUUUGUUGUCACUGUAAACAGAGUGGACAACGGUUUACCAGAGGAUGGUGACAGACGAACUUCCCCACAGACAGGAGAGGGGAAAAGGUCUAUUCAGUCUGUCCACAAGCCAGCUCUCUGUCUGUCAAGACCAGGUCUAUUGUAGAUCUAUCUGAUGAUCUGUCUGUCUCACUGUAGAUCUAUCUGAUGAUCUAUCUGUCUCACUGUAGAUCUAUCUGAUAUUCUAUCUGUCUCACUGUAGAUCUAUCUGAUAUUCUAUCUGUCUCACUGUAGAUCUAUCUGAUAUUCUAUCUGUCUCACUGUAGAUCUAUCUGAUGAUCUGUCUCACUGUAGAUCUAUCUGAUGAUCUAUCUGUCUCACUGUAGAUCCAUCUGAUAUUCUAUCUGUCUCACUGUAGAUCUAUCUGAUGAUCUAUCUGUCUCACUGUAGAUCUAUUUCAUAUUCUAUCUGUCUCACUGUAGAUCUAUCUGAUGAUCUGUCUCACUGUAGAUCUAUC